AUGGAAAUGAAGGUGGAGAUAUUAAAGAAAAUAGACUGGGGGAAGAAGGUGGCCAACGUGGUACAUGCUUAUGGCAUGAAUCGUUUCAUGAUUGGAAUGAUCAUUAAGAACAAAGAGAAGAUCAUGGAACAUGUGAAAAGUUCAGUGCCUAUACAAUCAAUGAUAAUAAGCAAGAGGAGAGGAAAAGUGAUGGAAGAGCUGGAGAGACUGCUUGGCAUGUGGAUCGAAGAUCAGCAUCAGCGGCAUGUGCUGCUUAGCCUAAUGCUGAUCCAGGAGAAGGCUAAGAGCUUAUUCCAUGACUUGCAAUGGAAGACUAGUGAAGAUGCUGCUGAGGAGACAUUCGUUGCAAGUCAUGGGUGGUUUGUGCACUUUAGGGCUCAUGUGAACCUUCAUAAUGUGAAA